UCUUCCACGCCUUGCUGCGCAGGCGCCAACGGGAAAAGAAAGGGCGGGUCAGAGAUUAGGAUAGGGUGUAAACUGGAGGGAACUGGGGAGGAGAGCAAGGCUCACUUAGAUGUCUACUCCAGCUCAAGUUUCUGCUUGAAGAAAACUUCUCAGACACCCAAGGUGGUCAUCACUCCAUCAGUGUCUUCGUUGCUAUUUUAUAUAUGAAAUCACUUACCACCAACUGACAUGUGAAUCCAGGUAUCCUUAUCCUGGUGUAUGAUUCAUGAGUGGACUUAAGGAAGUCUGUGAACCUCCUGAAAUAUUAAGUAAAAUCUAGUGGUCCCAACAAGGGAGAGGUACAUGGAAGGCUGGGGGAGGAAACAAGAUCUUGAGCUGAGCAAGAACAUCCCAGCAUCUUCACUGGGCAUCACUGGAGUCUUCUGUGGUUCACUAUUCCAGUGCUACAGAGAUCCCUUAUAUUUCAUGGCAGGAGGGGUGGGUAAAUUUAGGGAUAGUGAAGACAACAAAUUAGUCAAGAGCUUUCCUCGUAUCUCAGAACCUGUCAUCAGUAAGAAUGUCGGAUAGGGUUGACUGGCUACAAAGCCAAAAUGGAGUAUGCAAAGUUGAUGUUUAUACUCCUGGAGACAGCCAAGCCCAAGACUGGAAAAUGUCGGAUGAAUCCUUGUCUAUUUUUAAGGAAGCCUCAACUGAUCCUAUCAGAGUGCUCAGCUGGCUACGCAGAGACCUGGAAAAAAGUACAGCAGGGUUCCAAGAUGCUAGGUUCAAGCCUGGAGAAUCCUCACAUGGCGGGGAAAUGAGCAACCCAGGAGGAGACCCCCACAGUGGUUUUUCUGUGGACUAUUACAAUACCACAACCAAGGGCAGUCCAGGAAGAUUGCAUUUUGAGAUGAUGCACAGAGAAAACCCUGUCCAGGGCCCCAGUGUCCCACUUGGUAAUGGGAGUUCAGUAGAUGAAGUUUCCUUCUAUGCUAAUCGCCUCACAAAUCUAGUCAUAGCCAUGGCCCGCAAGGAGAUCAAUGAGAGGAUAGAUGGCUCUGAAAACAAAUGUGUCCACCAGUCAUUGUACAUAGGAGAUGAGCCCAUACCCAGCAAAAGCUUGAGUAAGGUGGCAUCAGAUCUGGUGAACAAGACAGUCUCUGCAUGUUCCAAGAAUGCUACCUCAGAUAAGACUCCUGGCUCUGGUGACAGAGCCUCAGGAUUAUUACGGAGUCCCCCACAUUUGAAAUAUAAGACCACUCUGAAGAUGAAAGAGAGCACCAAAGAAAGCAAGGGUCCAGAUGACAAGCCUGCUUCUAAGAAGUCUUUCUUCUAUAAGGAGGUGUUUGAAUCUCGUAACGCAGGUGAUGCCAAAGAGGGUGGAAGGUUAUCUGGGGAGAGAAAGAUGUUCAGAGGGCAAGAAAGGCCUGAUGACUUUACAGCUUCUGUUAGUCAAGGGAUAAUGACCUAUGCUAACAGUGUGGUAUCUGAUAUGAUGGUUUCCAUUAUGAAGACACUGAAGAUCCAAGUGAAGGACACAACUAUUGCCACCAUCCUGCUAAAGAAGGUACUGCUCAAGCAUGCAAAAGAGGUUGUCUCAGAUCUCAUUGACUCCUUCAUGAAGAACCUCCACAGUGUCACAGGGACCCUCAUGACUGAUUCAGAUUUUGUCUCAGCUGUGAAAAGAAGUUUAUUCUCUCACGGAAGCCAGAAGGCCACAGAUAUCAUGGAUGCCAUGCUGGGUAAGCUAUACACCGUGAUGUUUGCAAAGAAACCUCCAGAAAUUAUCAGGAAAACCAAGGACAAGUCUGAGAGUUACUCCCUUGUCUCCAUGAAAGGAAUGGGUGACCCUAAGAAACAAAAUGUAAACUUUGCAUCAAUGAAAUCUGAAGGUAAAUUGAGGGAAAAAAUGUACUCUCCCGCAUCCAAACCAGAAAAGAAGACUUGUGCCGAAACUCUGGGUGAACACAUUAUCAAAGAGGGAUUGAGCUUUUGGCAUAAAAGUCAGCAAAAAGAAGGAAAAUCUCUGGGUUUCCAACAGGCAACAUUUGCAGCUCCCAACAAACAGUAUAAGCCUGUACCAGACAUUCCCCUGGGAUAUCCUCUGGAUACUUGCAACCUCAGCCCCCCUAUACAAUGCCGAGAGAAACCUGAGAAUUUUAUGUGUGAUUCAGACUCCUUGGCCAAGGACCUGAUUGUAUCAGCCUUACUUCUGAUUCAGUACCACCUGGCACAGGGAGGAAGCAUGGAUGCACAGAGCUUCCUUGAAGCUGCUGGCAGCACCAACCUGCCUGCCAACAAGUCCCCUGAAGUUCCUGAUGAGUCCAGCCUUAAGUCUCCUCAUAUGGGAGGUGACCAAGAUGAAGCAGAAAAGAAGGAUCUAAAGAGUGUUUUCUUUAACUUUAUCCGGAAUUUACUUGGUGAGACCAUUUUCAAGAGUGACCGUAGCUCUGAACCCAAGGUACCAGAACAGCCAGUUAAGGAAGAAUAUAACUACCAGUGUGAAAGACCUGUAACCCCUUCUUCCAUCAAAUUAAGUGAAGGUGAUGAGGCUGGUGGUACCUUUGCUGGGCUGACCAAGAUGGUUGUUAACCAACUAGAUGGCCACAUGAAUGGGCAGAUGGUAGAAUAUCUGAUGGAUUCAGUGAUGAAGUUAUGUCUCAUUAUUGCCAAGUCCUGUGACUCUCCCUUGGCAGAGCUGGGCGAUGAUAAGUCUGGGGAUGCAAGCAGGCCAACUUCAGCCUUCCCAGAUAAUUUAUAUGAGUGUUUACCAAUCAAGGGCACAGGGACAGCAGAGGCUGUCCUGCAGAAUGCCUAUCAAGCUAUCCAUAAUGAAUUGAGAGGUAUAUCAGGACAGCCCCCUGAAGGGUAUGCAGCACCCAAAGUGAUUGUCAGCAAUCAUAACCUAACUGACACAGUUCAGAACAAGCAACUCCAAGCCGUACUUCAGUGGGUAGCCGCCUCUGAACUCAAUGUCCCUAUUUUGUACUUUGCUGGUGAUGAUGAAGGAAUCCAGGAGAAGCUACUUCAGCUCUCGGCUGCUGCUGUGGACAAAGGACGUAGUGUAGGUGAGGUCCUGCAGUCGGUGCUGCGCUACGAGAAGGAGCGACAGCUGGACGAGGCGGUGGGAAAUGUUACACGGCUGCAGCUGCUGGACUGGCUGAUGGUGAACCUGUGAUCGGCGCCCACCCACUGCUUUCCCUUCUCCCCAUCCCUUCUUACUUCCACAGCUCUCCUCUCCAUAUCCUUACAGAGCCCUAUCAUACCACUCACAUCAAAGACGUCAUCUUAUGCUAGUCACUGGAUUUUGCAGAUUUUCCCGUCCAUGCAAGCAAGGACACAAAAUUAAAAAGAUUACAAUGAAAGGACUCCAGGUGUUUGGUCUCCUUGGGAUCCAAUGGACAAUAAGGUCAAGAAAUUUCAGGAAUUAAAAAAUAAUCAGAUGGAUAACAAGAAGAAAAAUAGUGCUGGACUGAGAGGCCUGCUAAGGUGUUUCUAUGUAUCCUGUCUGUGCUACAACUUGCAGAUCUCUGGCCUUAAAAUGUUCUCUAAGAAUAAGACUAUUUAGCCUUUAUAAUCAUGCAAAUCACAAAGUAUCUUCUAUUCAACCUGAAUCAUUCUCAUUAUAAUAUGGAGGACUUGGCUUCUUCUCCUAUCUCUGUAGAACAAUGGUCUUCCUCAAUUUUAUUCAUAGUUGGUGUCAAAAAAGGCCCAGAAGACCUGAGUUCUAUUGCCACGUCUAUACUUUUCUGGCUAUAGGACCUGGGACAAGUCACCUGUUAGGACAUUUCUCCCACCUAAGGCAUUUUCUGUUCUUACCCUCAACUUUCUGUGAAAUUUUAUAUUUUUGAUCUUGCUAGAAACUUUCUCCUUUGGUUCCUAAUUUCUGUAUUAAUUCCAUCUCUUGGGGGCUCUACUCAAUUCUGUCAACCCCUGGAAUAUUUAUCUUUCCUAUUUCCUUUUGACCCUCUGCUAUUCUCAUUCUGUUUCACCUUUCCUGGGUAAAAGGUGUCUCCCUUCAUGGAAUAUGACACAGUGAUUAAAAGGAAAACUAUAAAGUCAGGUAUAUUUUCUAUGUUGUUUAUGAGGUUAUGAUCUUAAGUUUCUUGUAAAAUUGUAUCUGUUCUAUAAUUACAAUCAUAUAAAGAUUAUGUAUUCAUGUAGAUAAGGACUAGUAAACCAAAAGAACCUGAUUAGAUUUUGAGGAUGCUGGAUGAAUGAACAUAUCCUGUUGUUUACUCGACUUCCCUUCCUUUGGGAAAUAUUCUGUCCCCUACUCCACAUUCCAAGAGAGGCAUCAGUCAUGGUGCUACCACCAUCACAGUAUAGGCUUGUGACCCAGGCUGGCCAACCACAGGAUCCCAAUAUCUCAGACAUAGUGCUUGGUUCAAAUCCAGUAAUUUCUGAGAUUUUCCUGCCAGCACUGCAUCUUUUGACUGGAUAAUGGUGGUUACUUUAACAUCUUGGCAGAGCUUGUCUUUAGAAUGAAAACCACAAAAAGAAGCAAAACUAAUAGGUGAUGAGGGAGUCUGAGCCCUAUGACCUUGUCUGAACUUUUAGAUUCUGCUGUGACUGAAACUACACUUACUUACACCUCCUGAUUCCCCAAUUACAUAAGCCAAUAGAUGUCCUUUGUUGCUUAAACUAGUUAAUAGCUGAAUUCAAACUAGUUUUUCAUUUUCAUUUUCAAAUAAGAGUCCUAACAGGUUAGCUGUCUUGUGGGGAAAAGAAAAAAAAUUCUUUUAUUUAGAGUUCUAUUAGUGAUACUAUACCAUUGAAUACUUACCCCUCCCCCCCACCCCACACAUACAUUGUUUUAUCUGAUUGAGGGCAUAAGAAGGGAGUGUAGGUGCAAGGACAUUCUCCCGCAUCUCUCAUAAUAGGAAUCAUGCUUAACUAGCCAUAUGAAUAAAGUUUUUUUUUUAAAAAAAAAAAACCUUUAUGCAUUAAAAAACAACAAUCUCUGUAAUAUUGUACAAUAUAAGUGCUGUCUCUAAUAAAAAUCCUUGGUGGAAAGGAACAGGACACACCUUCAGCAAAGGUCAUACAAUAGGUGGUAAAAUAUUCAUGUUUUUGGAUGAGGAGUUUUUACUUUGAUGCCCUGGGGAGGUUUUGGACUCCUCUGGUCCAACAAAUGCCUCUGGCUUUCUGGAAGCUUCUGUUAGCUGAGGCAACUGGACAACUUCAGAUGUGUGCUGGAGAAUGCCCUGCUGAUCACCUGAAUUCUGAACCUGCUUAGCGGUGCCACCUUUUAUUUUGUCUAUGGUCUCUUCUUUGAUGGUCACCUCUGCCAAAGGAGAGAGAAGACAGAAGGAACAAGUGUUCAAAUGUGAAUUAUAUUCUAUUAGACCAUAAAUCACUUUGGGAAAAUCCUGGUAGUAAUGAUAUAAAAACAAUUCAUUUGUAAAGAGCAUUCUCUGUGUCAGGCAUUAUUCUAAGCACUUUACAUUUAUUAAUUUCUUUGAGCCUUUUCACAACCAUAGAGAAUAGGCAUUAUUCUCAUUCUCAUAAAUGAAGAAACUGAGACACAGGGAAGUUAACUAAAUUGCCCAAGGGCCUACACCUUGGUAAAUGGUAGAACCAGAAUUAAUCCCAGGCAACCUGACCCCAGGGAUGAUGUACAUAACCAUGAGGCUAUAUUGCAUAUAAAAGAUAUCUGCAUAAUGCCAUAAUCAGUCUGAUAAAAAUUCAAAAGCUAAUUAUAGGCAAGCCAGAGGAGGACACAGUGAAAGAAAAGGAAAGGACAAGAAAAGAAUUGAAGACAGAGAAACAUGGAAAAUCCUAAUGAUAACAGGGCAAAAAGGGGGGCAAAUCCAGCUAGAAGCAAGACUCCUGAAAGAGGUUAUACUCAAAAGUGAGAAAUGGCAGGCUCCUGGUGAUGUAGUCAGAAUAAUUAUCCAAGGUGGAGGUCAGAGAAAUUGACAUACAAUCCUCCAGAGGUACCCGAUCCCGGGACUAUAGGAAGAGGACUGACUGUACCUUUUUUGCCCAAGGGAUGAUGCCCUUGAACCUUUUCCUUCCGAGCCUCAGAGGGGAAACAGAGACUGGGUUUCCUCAGGGUCUGGGGCCUGGACCGUGGUUUGAAAUUCCAUGGCUCAUGAAUCCAAGCAUGCUUGAGGGCCUGGUCAGGGGUCAUGCGAAGAGAAGGUUCCCAUC